AUGGCUAGUCAACACCGCGAAGAUUAUGUGCUCAUCGAGAUCCACGAAGACACCAAGCUCUAUACAUUCCAGUUCCUCAAGGAUGUGAUCUGUUCGGUAUCUCCCUUCUUCCAGAAGGCGUUCCAGGGCUACUUCCUGGAGUCCAGAACGAAAGUCAUCGACAUCAGCGAUGUGGCCGUAGAAAACUUCCGCAUUUUCGCGAAAUGGGUCACAACUGGCCAACUUGAGCAGCAGCCUCUGGAUAUCAUGUUGGAGCUGUAUGUCAUGGCCGACAGAUUGGAUAUCCCAACUUUCCGUGGCGCUAUCAUUGACAACCUCACUUCAUAUCAUUGUUUCAAAUUCGACUUCGAGGUCCCGGAUACUCUCCUCAUCGUGUUUAUGAUGGAGAACAUCCCGAAGUCCUUGCCUAUUCACGCUCUAUUGGCUACAGCAGUCGCCAGAGUACUGUAUCACAAGCCGGAAGGGCUCGAGUAUCUGCCUUAUGGAUUCGCUGUUCGAGUUCAAAAUUAUCUGGACAAACCUUACGGUAUCUGUGAUGCAUGCCUCGACCACGACCAAGACCACGACCACGAUGGAGAAACCCAUAACAUUGCUGAUAACUGCGAACACUUCUUCAAUCAGCCCAGCGAUUUUGAUCCACACCGCUAUCAGGAGGGAUAG